UUUUAUAAAUCAGUCGCGCUCGACACUUCCAUUCUCGCAGACGCCGUCAAAUAGCAGCUAAACCAGAGAACCGCGAGUGCUUUGUGCUCAUAACUUGAGUUAUAUGCAGCUGAAAGUGUAUCGUGUAGUUCUGCAAAACCAGUUUGUUCGAUGAAAUACUAGUAAUUACCAAUUUAUUUAUAUAAUGUCACCAUACUACGAGAAACCAUUAACCGUGAUCAUUUUGGUGUUACAAAAUAUCAUUGUGCGUGGGACACUAGCUUCCGCAAACUUGUCUAAAUCAAUGGAACAUGUUGCCAUCAAACGUUCCUCUGUGUAUUAUGAUGGGGUAUUUUUGACUGAAGAAAAAUUAUCACCGAAAGCUCCUAGCUUUGACUUUUCAGCCAGUGGCGUGGAAAAAUACUUCAACCCUGAUGGGCUACUGAAUGCACGGUACUUUGCAAAUAUUCACAGCACAGAUAUCAAGUGCAGCGUGGAUAAAAUUGCUUUCAACCAUGAAGGUAUCGUCAGCUAUGAACAAAACUUGCCAUCAUUGCAACAACUAACUUUAUGUGCAUGGAUGCGUUUUACCAAUCACUCCGGCGAUCAUACCAUCAUUACAUAUGCAGUUCAAAAUGAACCACGUGAAAUUCAGUUGUGGAUUGCCAAUACGCCGGGCAUGAGUUUCAUAAGUUUAGCAAUACACGGACAAUCGCUAUUCAGACUCAACUACCCAUUCAAGAUACGCCACUGGCAUCAUGUAUGCGCUUCAUGGAAUGGAAAAACUGGUGAGUGGCAACUAUGGAUUAAGGCAGAAAGAGUGGGUCGCGGAUUUCACAACCGUCUUGUAGAAUACGAAAUAAAACCAAACGGCAAGCUAUACUCCGGAGGUUCAUCAGUAACUGGUCCUACUGAUACAGAUUUACACUUCGAACUGACAAUGGUGCAAAUUUAUAAAGUUGCGCUGAGUGCUGGAAAAGCACAUCGUGACCAUAAGCACCACCACGUUCAUCAUUUUGAUCACAAUGGAAGAGAGUUAACACCUGCUACACCAAAAGCAUCAUCGCAGUCUCUUGUCAUACCAGCAAAUCCCUUGCUAGCCAAUGGACAGAUACCAACACGAUUUAAAAUCAACCUAGCCGAUGGACAAACUCAUCAAAGUACGGGCAAUUUAGGACUACCAGUGAAAGGUGUGCCAUCUCAAUUAGUUGGAGGAUUUGUGCCUUCCAAUGCUGCAACUAUUACGACACAAUUUGUUAGUGGUCAAUUUCAUGUUGGCGAACGAAAUCUUCAACGGCAACUAGCGAUUGGAAAUAUACUCGACAAAUCAAAAACAAAUGCUGGUGAAAAACAAAUAACUAGUGAUAGGAUUGUCUUCCCCGUGGAAGUGGGGGAAAUAAUUUCCGAGUCUUUUAAUGAUCUGAAUAAUCCCGCAAACGCUCAAAUCAUCGAUAAGACAAACCAACAAAAGUAUUUUAAACGUGAAUCAAACUCAAAAAAAAAAGUGCUAAAACGUGGGUUGCUGUUUUUAAAAGAUGGUACAAUUCUUAAUGAGAAUCCUGCCAAAAAUAGCGAAUAUAAGAUCAAUGGGCUGGCCGAAUUUGGCUUGCCCAAUUUUAAGAAUAAGCUUGGUAAGGAAACAGACAUCGAGGGUGAAAUUCGAGAGCAUGACAGUGAACCAGCCGAGGGAGAAGUUAGUGCUAUAAUGAAUGUAUGCACAAAAUGUGAUGAAGAGCCGUUCACUAAAGCAAUUGUGUUUGCAUGGAAUGACUUGAGGGUGCACAUGGCUCAUGCACUAAGAGCUAAGGCAUCAGUAAUUUGCGGACAAUUUUGAGUGAGCAGUUUCUUGUCAUUGUAGAAAGUAAAUAAUUUCGCUGUUUUUGGAACAAACUUUAAUCCGAAUUGUUUGCGUCCCCUUUACCCACGUCAGGUAAUUUUACAUUACAUAGGUAAUCAAAUGUAAUUUUUAAAUUAACUCAAAGAAUAAACAAUAAUCUUAGAA